GAUGUGAAUUAUUAAAAAGAAAAUGGCCCAACGGAGCACCGUAUUUCCUUCUCUUGUCACCGAAGAAAGGUAUAAUAUAUGGAAAAAAUGCAUCUAAGGCGAGUGAGAACCAUGCCCAGACACAGCCAGUCCCUGACCAUGGCACCCUACUCUUCUGUGAGCCUGGUGGAACAACUGGAAGACAGGAUCCUCUGUCAUGAGAAGACCACUGCAGCCCUGGUGGAGCAUGCCUUCCGGAUUAAAGAUGACAUUGUUAGCAGUUUGCAGAAAAUGCAAAACAAAGGGGGAGGUGACCGCCUGGCCAGGCUUUUCUUGGAGGAACACAUCAGAAAUAUAACUGCCAUCGUGAAGCAACUGAAUCGGGAUAUCGAGGUACUCCAGGAGCAGAUCCGUGCCAGGGACAGCAUUAGCUACGGAACUAACUCUGCCUUAAAGACCCUGGAGAUGCGUCAGCUCUCUGGUUUGGGAGAUCUUCGAGGAAGAGUGGCAAGAUGUGAUGCCAGCAUAGCCAGACUCUCUGCAGAGCACAAAACGACCUAUGAGGGGCUCCAGCACUUGAAUAAAGAACAGCAGGCUGCCAAGCUGAUCUUGGAAACAAAAAUCAAAGAUGCAGAAGGACAGAUUUCUCAGCUUUUGAACAGAGUGGACUUGUCAAUAUCAGAGCAGAGCACCAAACUGAAGAUGUCUCAUCGAGACAGUAACCACCAACUCCAGCUUUUGGAUACUAAAUUUAAAGGUACAGUUGAGGAACUCAGUAACCAGAUUUUAUCUGCACGGAGUUGGUUGCAACAGGAACAAGAACGGAUAGAAAAAGAACUUUUACAGAAAAUUGAUCAGCUUUCCUUAGUUGUAAAGGAAAAUAGUGGAGCCAGUGAAAGGGACAUGGAGAAAAAGCUCAGCCAAAUGUCAGCCAGGCUUGACAAAAUCGAAGAGAGUCAGAAGAAGAAUAUGGAAGGCCAGAGAACGAAGCAAGAAGAGGAGAAAGUACAUGGGCGGAUCAGCUUGCUGGAGCUACAGAUGAAUGAGGACUUGAAGGAGAUGAAGGCAGAACUCAAUGCUGGGUUCACAGCCAUUUAUGAGAGCAUAGGGUCUCUCAGGCAAGUUCUCGAGGCCAAGAUGAAGUUGGACAAGGACCAGCUGCAGAAGCAAAUCCAGCAAAUGCAGAAGCCGGAAACCCCCAUGUGAGGGGACUGGGACAAGGACCUCAAAGAUGACCUAAAAGUUGGGGCUAGGACCUAGACACCCCUGUAGCCAACCUGCGCUGCAUUCGGGACUGUUCCAUCCAUGGCGUGCAUGUGCCGAGAAAUGUGUUUUCAUGGGUCUAAAUGUUUACCUUGAGUCUUGAAAACACUCUUUCUUUAUAAAAAAAAUACAGUUUUGCCACUGUUUUUCACUCCUCUACCUUCAGUGGAGUUUCCCUCCUCCCCCAACUCAGAUAUUGAAAGGCUUUUGUCUUCUUCAUUUUAUGAAUGAAAACAAUUUUUUUCAAUGCUUGAUGCUCCAGCCAAGACAAUUUACUACUUUGAAAAGAUGUCAUGGUGAUUUUUUUAAAAUUAAGAAACUAAUGAGUUGUCACAGGAGCGUGUCUCACCUCACCCUGAAUUUAAGAGAAUGUCUCAAUAGAUUAGAAUUCAACCUUCAAGUGCAAAUUUGGAUUUUAUUACUGCUGUCUGUAUAUUUCUUAUAUUGGUUAUCUUCUUGUAAAUCUUCUGUCUUUUGUACGGGAAGAGAUUUAACACUUGGAAAAAACCCUACUAUUUAUGUAAUGAAACUAGUCUAAAAUUGAUAACUGCCAUAUAGAUUGCAAAUUAAAUGAAACUUAAUUAUCCCGAUAACGCAAGGCACAAUAUUUACAUCCACCUAGUUCUACCAGGUUUUAAUACAUAAGACUAUUUUUGAAUUAUCCACAGCCUGUAUAGUGACAGCCAUAUAUUUCACAAUGGGAUGGUGGUUAACAGUCUGUUUAUUGCACAACUAAUUGUUCAUCAAUCACAGUGGAAUGUGAGAAUUUUUCUGACUAUGAUCUCUCCAGAUGUUUCUGAAAUUGGCACACAGUGCUAAGGUUAUAUACACUUAUUGUAACUGUAUUCUUGUGCCUUGGUUUUAUCAUGUCAAUGCACUGUACCCUCUAAAAGUUUUCCAACAAAAUAGAUGGCAUGAUAAUACAUCAGAGUUAUGACACAAAAAAUGGGAUCCUAUGUAUUUUUUAAAUGUUCUAAAAAUUUUAUCACUGUUAAGACAUGAAUCAGUCAGUACUAUUAACAGAACAGAAACUCGUACUUUUGUAUGGACAAAGAAUCAAAUUGACAUUGCACUUACAGUUCUGUCAAAAAAUGUUCAUCUUGAGCAACUUUGUAGAUGAUGGGUGUCUUAUUUUCAAUCGCCAUAUUUGAUUAGUCAUUGGUAAACUUGAUCAGUGCUGCUUGUUUACCUGUGUAUGUGAAAAUUGACAGUGAGAGGCAUGGUUCUAAACUGUGAGGUGCCCCACGAGAAAGAACAGGAAUACUUAAAAAGGUUUUUAUUUUUUUUAACACCUUUUUUUUUCUUCCGUUUGCAAGGACUCAGGAAAAUAAAAGCAUUUUCUAUUUUUAGGAUCAAUCAAAACUGAAAUAUGGAACUGGCUAUUACUGUUUACCCAUAUAGAACAUGCUGCUAAAAUACAUAUUUUACUUUCAAUAGCUUGACAAAAUUUUUUUUAAAAUUUGGAUUCUUGAGAGGUUAUCUAAAGAAUGUGUCAUCUAACAUGUAUUUCCUUUUUUGUCACAAA